ACGUCCGUCGCUAAAGCCAUGAGAGAACCCUAAAAUUGAUGAAGACGAUGAACCCUAUACUCGAACACGAAUUUCUCCAUCAUCGUUAUCGGAGAGAGAUGAGUGGAUUCGUGGGGGCGUUUUGGGGGACGCGGGUGCUGGAGAUCGUGAAGCGGAACAACUCCCCCGGCCUUCUAUGGAAGAGGAUCAAGCUCACCACCACCCGAAAGGCCAACGCCAAGAAGCGCCUCCGCCGCGUCUGGCAGAAUGAGGCAGUCUUGAGGGCUUGUGCUGAACCACCACCAACAAAAACUUCAAAAUGAAGGAGGACACCGGUGAAGCCACCAACAAAAAGUAAAGGGUAUUGAGCAUUGGGUAGGCCUUCAAAGGGUCUGCUUUCAUGCUUCCAAGCGUCAUGCAACCAAAUAUUGUUGUUUGGUGAAUUUCUGAUUGAAAAAAAAACUUUGUUAAUUCUCCUUCCAUUUAGAGGAUGUCAGUAUGGUAGCAUCAUAUUAAUCUUUUUUGCUAUUAAUUUGGGCUUCCAAGACAAUAUGAUCUACCUUUGCAAAUUUUAGCGCACGAUCCAAAAUUGCAUUCGUUUGAUCCUUACUGAAGCCACUAGAUUCUUUUCUCAUUGCUAACUAUAUGAUGUUACAGUUUGUUGGCC